GGUCUCCCCCCUCCCAGACCGGGGAGGUCUCCCUGCUGCCGUCCUCCCUCUCCCAGACCCACUCCGGGCACACUGACCAUGGCUGCCCCGGGCAGGGCUCAGCGGAGCGGGCUGCUGGAGCUGCGGGGGUCCGGGGAACGCUGGCUCAGAGUGCUGGUACUGCUGGGGGAGGAAACUCUCAGCUUCACCCCGGAGCCGGAGCCAGGGGCACCCGAGGAGAAAGCAGUGAAUGGCGGGGACUCAGAGGGGAGCGUCCCGGAGGCUAUCAUCAACCAGAGGAGGACAAUCCGGGUGGUCAAACAGGAGGCAGGGGGCCUGGGGGUCAGCAUCAAGGGGGGCAGAGAGAACAAGAUGCCUAUCCUCAUAUCAAAGAUUUUCAAGGGCUUGGCUGCAGAUUUGACCGGAGCUCUGUAUGUGGGUGAUGCCAUCCUGUCUGUGAAUGGAGUUGACCUCUCAGAGGCUACCCACGACGAUGCCGUACAGGCUCUCAAGAAGACUGGCAAGGAAGUGGUGCUUGAAGUUAAAUACAUGAAAGAAAUUUCUCCGUACUUCAAAGGAUCACCUAGUGGCUCCAAUAGUUGGGAUUCCACUCCACCAGUUACUCCACUCAAGAAGGGUUCUCCUGCUCUGCCCCCGCGGGACAUAAAGGAUGGGAAGAGCAUUCCACUGAAGAUGUGUUAUGUUUCCCGAAGAUUCAUACCCUCAGAUCUUGAGCCCAGAUACCUGGAAAUUUGCUCAGCAGAUGGCCGAGAUGUUUUAUUCCUGCGGGCGAAGGACGAGGGCACAGCUCAGUCUUGGUUUAAUGCCAUCCACACCAAUGUUUCUUGUCUUAUACCACGGAUUCGAGAGGAUAUCAAGCAGUAUCUAGGCAAAGAGGUUAAACACAUGGGUUGGCUGACUGAGCAGCUCACCCAGGAUGGCAAGCGGAAUCUAUUGGCCAUUCUUACAGAGAAGGAUCUCUUGUUAUACAACAGUCUCCCACACACCCGAGAGGGCUUCAGCAAACCAGCUUUCUGCUAUCCUCUCAUUGCCACAAGACUUGUACACUCUGGACCUUCAAAAAGCUCUCAAAUGUAUGAUACAGAGUUGGCAUUUGCUCUACGUUCUGGCACUCAGAAAGGAGUAGAAACUCAUCUUUUCAGUGUGGAAACGCAUCGCGAGUUAGCAGAAUGGACACGGACACUAGUUGAUGGUUGUCACAGUGCAGCUGAGCUUAUACAAGAAGUGACCACAGCAUGCACGUGGGGUGGGAAGGAGUGUGCUCUGUCCAUUCACAUUGAUCAUGGAUUCACCCUCUUCACGGAGGAGCCUGGUCUAAAUAGGAUUAUCCACCUCCAUAAGCCUUUUGAGAAGCUCCGAAUGUCUUCCGAUGAUGGAGCAAGGAUGUUAUAUCUGGAUUUUGGAAAUCCCGACGGCGAACUUAAACUGGAUCUUCACUCUUGUCCCAAAACCAUUGUCUUCAUCAUUCACUCUUUCUUAUCAGCCAAAGUGUCCCGUCUUGGCCUUCUAGCAUAAGCAAAGAGGCAUUGUGGACUUCUGCCAGCAAUCAUGCGGGUCCAUGGACUAACUCGCUACUGAGAUCAUGAAAACUACCAAAAGAGUCUGGGAAGUUCUCAGUAUCUUCAACUGAAUAUGUGUGCAUAUAUAUAUAUAUAUAUAUAUAUAUAUAUAUAAAUGUGUAUAUCCACAAACGAUGUAUGCAUGCCUUUGCCACAUAUAUGUAUAUACACUCAAAUAUGUAUAGUAUACAUUUGAGUGUGUAUAUAUACACAGAAACAUAUAUAUAUAUAUAUAUAUAUAUAUAUAUAUAUAUGUAUAUAUAUAUGUAGAUGUGCAAUGGUUUGAUAUACUACAUACAUAAACAAAGCACAUAUUGCAUAUUGCUCCAGAAAUCACUGUUUCAAUAAUGUGGGAAUGGAAGAGUUAAAGAACAUUAAAUAUUGGUGCUAUUACAUCACUAGCAUUACUAAUCAAAACACUUGUUAGCCACAUCACCGAGAACAAUUUCAACCAAUUCGCAGAGAUACAGCGUUCUGUUCUUUAAGUGUGAGUUGACAAAUUAUGUCUCUACAAUUUAAUGAAUUUGCUAAAAAAAAAUUCCCAGUAUCACUAAUUAUUUUAGCCUAAAUGUUGCAACUCCGUCAUUGGUCCCUCACAGCUCACUAUUUCGUAAAUAUACCUUAAAGUGUUUUUUUUUUUGUCUGAAAUAGAAAAACAAAUGAUACAUUUAGUGUCUGUUAAGAAAUAUCGUGCCUUAUACAUAUAUUUUUUAUAUUAACGAUUAAAUGCACAAUAUUAAAGAAGCACAUAAAUUAGUUAUUACAUACAGGAUAGAUAAGUAAAGAUAUUCUGUGCCUUCAAGUGACUGAUAUAGUAUCCACUGUCAAAUCAUUAAAAUACUUUGUAUGAAGCUAAACAAACAAAUUAUUAAAAUAUCUGCUUUACCGUUUUAAUCAGAUUUCUUGUGGCAGCUUUUGAUUUUAUAUAUUUUGUGCAUUUUGUUAAAUAAUUAUAUAUACAUAUACCAAGAUAUAAUAAUGACAUAUAUUAGAAGCAGAUAUAAUUUUAUCACUGUUUAAAUGAAAAAAAAUAUAUGAUUAAUUUAGGAAUUCUUUUAUUUUUUAAUCAGAGCACUAGAUUUUAUCUAAAGAUUACCGUUUCCAAUUUAUGAGCCCCAUACAGCGAAGCACACUAAGCACCAUAAUCACUGUAUCUCAUUGUAGUAGCUGUAGUGCAUAGUCCAUUUUUAUGCAGUUUGACAAAAAGCUCCGUGGCUGUGGUUUGACUAAUGUUGACCUCUACUUGAAUUGGGUUUUAGCCUCAGUUGUUGUCAAGGAUUGACCCAAUGGAGAAGGGCAACACCCAAAGUUUCCUUGCACCAUAGCCACUUCAAGGAACUCUAGUGGUUAUUAUGGUUCUUAAAGUGCCAGUUUCACCAAAUUCCUUAUGAUGUGACAGCUUUCCAUUGGAAAACCAUGCCAGUCAUGUGCUGCAAGAUGUGGGUUCAUACAAAUAUUAUUAUUAUAUUAUUAUUAAAUUAAUGGAACAAUGGUAUUAGCUGUUCAGCCAAUAAGCUUGUCCUUUUGGGUUUGAUGAAGGAUUCAGUUCCUUGAGAUAUAUAUUCUCCUUUAACCAAGUUGCGUUUCUAUUUUUAAGGAGAACUCUAAACUAGUGUUUCCUAAACCAGUCCUCAAAACCCACCAACAGUCCAGGUUUUGUCAGUAUCUCCAUUGGAAUAAAAUAGGGAAAUACAUAAAUCCUGAACUGUUGGUGGGCCACGAGGACUGGUUUGGGAACCACUGCUAAACACCUAUAGCUUACUAUAGUUUGACACAAAACAGAGCUUACCUGGUAUCCAAAGCAUGUCCCUCUACAGCCUGCAUUAUGUAUACAAAUCUGUCUAAAUGUGGAUUCUAAGUCAUUCUAAGUCAAGCCACCUCUGACACUCAGACUUAUCAUUUUAAUCAACAUUACUUGGAGUGUGCAUUUGCAAAUUGCUUUAUGAGCAAGAUUUUUAAAAUUUUAUUUAUGAAAUGCAUUUUUUUUAAUUAGGCAAAAGAAACAAAAUUUGAGCUUCAGAUGACCAAACUAGAUAUAUAUAUAUAUAUAUUUUAUUAUUUUUUAUUUUUAUAAAAUUAUAUUUUAUAGAUAAGAUUAUUAAAAAGGCAAAAUUAUGGAGGACACACCUCAUGCCCACUUUCAUUAAGAGGCAUGGAUGUGGUAAAACCUCUCAUGUAAUUUUGUAUUGGACACUUAAUGCCAGACUUGGCAUCUCCAUGGCACUGUACAAUAUAUUCCUUAUUAUCUUUACAAGUGUGCUUUGCUGCCCCCAGUGGUUACAGUAAUCUAUUGCCAUUACUUUGGUGGAAGUGGAUGGGUUCUGAGUGACAGGAGAGCCCUGGGUAUCAGGAGAUCCCUGGUUUGUGUCAAACGUGUCUAAACAAUGUAACAAAAACUGAAGAGACGAUCCAAAGACUCCUUUCACUAUAUCUACUAUAAUAAACUGCAAUGGUUGUGAUAUUUAUGAAGUACCUUAGCACUACUGCCCCCUAACUGUUGGGUACAGAUGACAAUACCCUCAGUCAGUUUAAAGUAGGUAACAUGACAUCCUGUUAAUAUAGAGCAGCGGUUGAGUUUAAAAUCUUUUUCAGCGAGGAGGCAGAUUUGGAACAAGACAAAAACAGGUUUUAAUUUAGCUCAUUAAAGAGUAAUUAAUUUAAUUUCUCCACCAAUGUCAACAUUUGAUUAAAUAACCACACAAUAUUUUAACUAUUUUUAUGAAGUUUGUUACAGCAACUGUCUGCCAAAUAAUAAAAUUAUUAAGAUGAAA